UCUGAAUCAUUUUCAGGCAGGAUGGCGCAGACAGAUUGUGCCAUGUUUGAAGAAGAUGAAGUGUGCAAACGAUGUGACGACAAGAUCAUCUAUGGUAUUGUUACUGAAAGUUCAGAAUACAUCAGCAGUGACGAGGAAUACGAUGAUGAUGAAUUGUUAAGUCGUGGAACCGUUCGAAUAAUCUGGCACCCAGAUGGCAAUGAAACUGUUGAAGAAGAGAAAAAGAUAACAUUGGUAGACAGAUCCUUGAUGCCAGGAGAUGUCAUAAGACGGAUGAUCAGUGGUAAAAGUAGCCAAAGAGGAUAUGUACAGAAUUUAAUUGUCAAAUGUCAUCUUUAUAUUAAAGGCACCAACAAAUACAUUUAUAAUGUAGAUGCAACAGAUCUGAAGCCUUUACGUGAGUUUGAUAUAGAUGAUGAUGUGUCCCUUGACCCUUGGUAUGGUAAAGUGAAAACAACUUCAAUGCAAUCAAGAGUUGUCUUUCCUGAUGGUGCACAGUGUAUAGCCGAAGAAGAAGAUUUGUAUGAUCUGGAUAUUGUUCCUGAAGAUGGAGACAGUAAUGAUGUUGAAUAUGAUCAGGAGAUUUACCCAGGAUCUGUUCUUACUGGUGAGAGGGAGAAUCUCAAAGUUGUCAAGUGGAUUCAGGAAACAAAGAAAUACCACAAGAAAAUGUCACCAUCUCAAAAAAUCUGUGUCAGGGUAGAAGAGAGUCAAAUAAAUUCUGUACACGUGAACUGGAUAUGUCGAGGAUUUAAUAUGACAGAUGAAACUAUACAGCUCCAUCAACCUAGUCUCAUCAAGAAAGAAGAUCUACACAAAAUAAAGAAGUUAGGGAAAUUCCAUCACUGUAGUACACAGAUUAAUGACAUUAUGAUGUACACAAUCAAAGAUACUGAUGUCUUAUCAGAAGUCAUUCCUGGAACAAAUCUUGAUAGUACCAUUAAUGAAUUGAAUAAUACAAGAUCGAAUACUCAACCAGAUCUCAGCAAUGACACUGGAAUCGUUGAUGGGCUGGAUCUAUUGUCAGUACCUGUAUCUAAUGGAACAGAAAGUAGCUCCGGGGAAGUAACUGCUCAAUGUAAAGAUGGUGAUAUUCCUGAUGUGUGUAGUGGUGAUAAUGACAGUGGAGUUUGUACAAAAUCAGAAGUCUUGAUGAAUGGACAUGAUGAUGAAGAAGAUGUUGAGAUGAAUGAUAGUUUAGAUACAAGUGAAAUUACUGAAUCACAGAUUGACGAAAACAAUGAUGAUGCAGACUAUGAAGACAUUCCUGAUCAGACAAAAGAAAAAAGGAAAAGAAUGCAGAAACGAUCAGCUAAAGGGAAAAGAAAGAAGAAGAAAACAAUGGAGUUUCAAACUAAGUUCCCAACAUUCGAAGUCGGUGAUUCUGUAGCAGUUGUUGUUUAUUGUACAAUGUCUUUAGCGACAGUCAUGUGGCAGGAUGGAAGUGUAGAGAAAGAUGUAUCUUCAACAGAAUUGUAUCCAGUCCAUCAUCUUGAUGAGCAUGAAUUUUUUCCUGGAGAUUUUGUUGUUGAAGCUAAAGAAGAAAGUGAUAAACCAAACUAUUAUGGAGCUGUUGUGAGUUGUGAUCACCAUUCCAGAACUUGUAUGGUCAACUGGUACAAACUAGAGAAUGGCUGUAAUAUUAAGACUUCAGAUUCACCAGAAGAAGUUAGUGUGUAUGACAUAAAGGACCAUCCUGAGUAUAAGUUUAGACCUGGAGAUAUUGUAGUAGCUGUUGGGGAUCCCAAGAAAAGUGGUGUUGGUAACCAUGCUGCAGGGCAGGUAACCAGUCUAGACCUACAAGGGGGCCUAUAUGUACGAUGGCCAGAUAAUACCACAUCAUUUUGCAAUCCUCAAGAAUUAUACUUGGUUGGAGGAGAUAUGAGUGAGUAUGAUUCUGAGAGUGACAGUGAUGACUUUAGUGACACUGAUGACAGCUGGGAGACUGAAGAAGAAGAGGAGGCUGAAUCAGAAAAUGAGGAAGAGGUAAAGAAAUCAACUGGUCCUGUCAGAAAGGAGGAAUUAGAGAGUCUGUUAGACAGAGCAACAGCAGCUUUGUCUAAAUUGGAUGAUCUGUUUAAAACAUUGCCACAAUCUAUGGAUGCAACACAGUGCUUUCAGGAAAUUAUUUACAUUUAUAAAAGAUGUAGAGAAUUAGAAAAAAUACUGAAAUCAUCUUUUUAUAAGGAGGAAGAAAUUGUUACUCUUAUUGAGGAAGCUAAGAAAAGACUACGCAAAUCACGUACGGAGAAGUACAAUAAAAAGAUCGAGGAACUAAGCAAACAGUUAAAAGAAGUAAGCCAAAAUUUAGAGAUAGAAUUAAAUGGGUUAAUGAAAACUAUGAGUGUUACUGGUAAUGAGGAAACAAAGGAAACCAGUAUUGUAACAUCAGAAUCAGGAAGGAAUGAAAAGGGAAAUAUUUUGGGUACUGAAUGUAAAGAAGGGGAAAGUAGGAAUGCACAAAAUAACUGUGAUAAAGUAAAGGAAGUGGAAACAGGAGCAGGAAAUGAACCUCUUAUGUCAUCUAGUGAAGGCAAAACAGGGGCACAUAACUCUAAGACAACUGUCUCAGAAUCUCAUAUUGUUGGUGCUGAUAGUGAAGGAGGAAAUAACUCUAGGGCAGCUGUCUCAGAGUCAGAUAUUCCUGGUUCUAGUAGUGUAGGAGCAAAUGUACCAGCAGAGACAGGCAUUGACUCAGAUACUCACACUUUGUGUUUAAAAAUCUGCGGGCAUUUACAGGACAGAAUGAAGAGAAUUCUGGAGGAGGUUGUUCCAAGGUGGAUGGCCGAGGGUAAUAUUCUAAUUGAUGAAGAUAUGUGCAAUGAUAUUAGUCAGAUGUCUGUGUCCGAUACAGCUGUAUCACCAGUGGACUUGCCAGAGGAUAAUGAUACACAGGUGUCAUCGUCAGAUAUACAGGAAGUGAUGUCACCUACCACCCCUACAGAAAUACCUGAGAUUGUUGAUGAGGUUGUAGCAUGUAGAUUUAUCCAGGAGAGUGAAGUUCUACCUUGUCACAAGUUUUACAGUAUGUCACACACACCUACAAACUUGAAAACAUUUAUGACAGCAGUUAGUAAAGAGAUGAGGUUGUUACAGAGAUGUCUGCCAGAAGGGAUUAUAGUCCGAGGUUAUGAAGACAGAAUGGACUUGUACAGUGCAAUGAUAAUAGGAUCAAAGAAGACGCCCUAUGAGGAUGCACCAUUUUUCUUUGACAUCCAGCUACCAAACGAUUAUCCUAAAUCUCCUCCAGCAUUCCAUUAUAUCUCAUUUUGUACUGAUAGACUUAAUCCAAAUCUAUAUGACGAUGGGAAAGUUUGUGUUAGUCUUUUAGGAACAUGGGAAGGCAAGGACACAGAAACUUGGACCAGUAAUUCUAGUCUUCUACAAGUUUUAGUCUCAAUUCAAGGAUUGAUUUUAGUGGACGAACCAUACUAUAAUGAAGCAGGUUAUGAAAAACAUAGAGGUACCCAACAGGGAGCAGAAAACAGCAAAAUGUACAAUGAGAUGGCAAUUCUCAAAUUAGUAGAGAGCUUAACAAAUAUGAUCAAGAAUAUUCCAGAAACUUUUAGAACAGAAUGUGUUCAUCAUUUGAUGAAGUUUGGACCCAGGAUGAUACAGAGAUUCAUCUAUUGGAGUACAAACCCUGACCCAAUGGGAUUGUCUAGAUCUUCAGUCAGUCAAGAAAAUGGUCCAGUAGUACAAGGUACUUCAAUCUUGAAGUCAGAAAAAUCAACCCAGUUAUCAUCUGAAUCAUCAGAAAAUUUGAGUUGUAAAUCUGAAUUAAUUGACAUGAAAACUGCUGCUGCUGCCAAUGAAGAACAAGGUCAAAUAUCAUCUUGUGGAGACAAGACAGCCAAUCAGAAGCCAGUAUUGUCAGAUGUUACCAGUGCUAGUGCUAAUACCAAUCUUUCAUCUUGUAAUGACAUGUGUACUGACUCAAGUCAGUUAUUUAAUGUGGAGUUUCCACUCUUUCCUUUGUCCCGAGGAUUCUGUAUAACGAUGAACAAGAAACUGUCAACAUUGAAAUCAGUUUUGAAUACAAUGAUUGAAUCAGAGAGUAAUCAUUUAUAACAUUCAAAUCAGUAUUAGAAUAAAAAAAAAGAUUCAGUAAAAACUUAGAUAAUUUAGAUAAUAAAGCUGCUCAAUUUUGACAGGGAAAUGUUCCAUUAUGAACAGCAUAGACAGGUUUUCAUUGUGUACCUUAACUUUAUAAUAGCUGGUGCUUAAUAGCAUACAAACAGUAUUUGUCAACCAGAAAAACAUCGUGUACUAUUUUGUUUUUUAACAAAUAAAUAACAUUGCUUCUCCUAAAAAUAAAACUUCCUAUGCAAAGCUUUUUUAUGGCAUCAAUUUUUAGAAUGGGAGAUAUUUUUCUUCAAAUUAAUUAUCCAUGAACUAUUGACCUUUGUGAUGUAUGCUGCAUAUUAAUUAUCAAUGACAUACUGACACUUGUGAUAAAUGUUGUACAAUUUUUUAAUUAUUUAAGAUAUUAUUAUACGACCGCAAAAAUUAAAAAAUUUUUGGUCGUAUAUUGGUAUGACGUUGGCGCGUCGUCGUCGUCGUCGUCUGGCGUCGUCCGGCGUCGUCCGAAGACACAUUGGUUUUCGCACUCUAACUUUAGUUUAAGUGAAUGGAUCUCCAUGAAAUUUUACCAUAAGGUUCAAUACCACGAAAGGAAGGUUGGGAUUGAUUUUGGGGGUUAUGGUACCAACAGUUAAGGAAUUAGGGGCCAAAAAGGGGCCAAAAAUAAGCAUUUUUGUAACUUCCAGACAAUAACUUGUGUGUAAGUGUAUGGAUCUCUCUGACAUUGUACCACAAGGUUCCAUAUCACAAAGAGAAGGCUGUAAUUGAUUUUGGGGAUAAUUGCCUCAAAAUUUUAGGAAUUAGGGGCCAAAAAAGGGGCAAAAACAAGCAUUUUUCUAGUUUCAUGACAAUAACUUAUGUGUAAGUGUUUGGAUAUUUCUGAAAUUGUACUACAAGGUUCCAUAUCACAAAGGGAAAGCUGGAAUUGAGUUUGGGGGUAAUUGCCUGAAACAUUUAGGAAUUGGGGGCCAAAAAGGGGCCAAAAAUAAGCAUUUUUCUAGUUUCCAGACAAUAACUUGUGUUCAAGUGUAUGGAUCUCUCUGAAAUUGUACUGCAAGGUACCAUACCACAAAGGGAAGGCUGGGAUUGAGUUAAGGGGGUUCAAAAAAUUUGGGGGGGGAGGGAUUUUUCUUUUUUUCCUUUUUUUUUUUCUUUUAAAAUUUUCCAUUUUAAGUUGGUUAUUUCUGAUUUAUAUUUAAAAGCAUAUAAUAAUGAUAUGGUAGGAGAUACACACCAAACAGGAUGUGUAAAUUAUUAUAUAAUAAGUAUUGUGCAAUAGCAAGAAAUUUUCAAUUGCACAGUAUUGCACAAUAGCAAGAAAUCUUCAAUUGCACAGUAUUGCGCAAUAGCAAGAAAUCUUCAAUUGCACAGUAUUGCGCAAUAGCAAGAAAUAUCCAAAUAGCACAAUAUUGCGCAAUAGCAAGAAAUUGUCAAUUGUACAGUAUUGCGCAAUAGCAAGAAAUAUUCAAUUGCACAGUAUUGUGCAAAAGAAGAUACUUCGUAUAAAUUGCAUAUUUCUUGAUCAAUUUCAAUCUUGAAUUCUUGGGGUUCUUUAAUAUGCUGAAUCUAACCGUGUAUUAAGUUUUUGGAUUUUGGGCCCCGUUUUUAAAUUGGUCCACAUUGAAGUCCAAAGGGUCCAAAAUUAAACUUUGUUUGAUUUCAUCAAAAAUUGAAUUAUUGGGGUUCCUUGAUAUGCCGAAUCUAACCGUGUAUUUAGAUUCUUAAUUUUUGGUUCCGUUUUCAAAUUGAUCUACAUUAAGGUCCAAAGGGUCCAAAAUUAAACUUAGUUUGAUUUUAACAAAAAUUGAAUUUUUAGGGUUCUUAGAUUUGCUGAAUCUAAACAUGUAUUUAGAUUUUUGAUUAUGGGCCCAGUUUUCAAGUUGGUCCAAAUCUGGUCCAAAAUUAAACUUUGUUUGAUUUCAACAAAAAUUGAAUAUAUGGGGUUCUUUGAUAUGCUGAAUCUAACCAUGUAUUUAGAUUUUUGAUUUUUUGGCCCCACUAUCAACUUUGUCCACAUUGAGGUCAAAAGGGUCCAAAAUUAAACUUUGUUUGAUUUCAUCAAAAAUUGAAUUCUUGGGGUUCUUUGAUAUGCUGAAUCUAACCAUGUAUUUAGAUUUUGGAUAUUGGACCAUAAUAGGUGAAUGUCCAAUUUAAAAUUUUUAAGUUCUUAGACCACAUUCAUUCUGUGUCAGAAACCUAUGCUGUGUCAAAUAUUUAAUCACAAUCCAAAUUCAGAGCUGUAUCAAGCUUGAAUGUUGUGUCCAUACUUGCCCCAACUGUUCAGGGUUCGACCUCUGUGGUGGUAUCAAGCUGCGCCCUGCGGAGCAUUUUAUUUAUCUUUACAAUCGACUUGUACUUAUUUUCUUCUAUUGAAGGUUUUGAAAAUGAUGUUUGAAGAAUACUAAAUUCAAACUCUAUUUAAAAUUUAAAACAUUCAAAUGAUAUAAUUGAUCUAUAUUUAUUUGUGUCUUUGGUAAUAAGAUUAAUGGAUAAUGAAAUGUUUAUCUUGAUAAAUAAAUUAUGGCAGAUAUCUAUAAUACAAAUUAUAUGCAUGUAAACUUUUGGUAAAUAAAUUUUAUAUGAUGAGUUUCACUACUUCAGAAUAUUUUCAGGCUCAGUAUUGAUGGAAAUUAUUAUAAUAAUUAUAGUAAAAUAACAAAAAAAUUGAUUAUUGCAAAAACAUAUAAAAUUCAAACAUGUGGUAUUUAAAUUUGAUUCAUUUUCUUUUUGGAAAAAAACCCAUUAUCAUGUGGUGUUUUAUUCUGAAAAAAAAACCCCAUUAUUCUGUGAUAUUAAUAUAUUUAUUGUUGUGUUUUUGUGUUGUGUUCAUGUAUCACAUGCAUUUAAAUUCUAACAUUAUCAUGUUUGUCCAUUGUUCAUUUAUCACAUCAAUUAAAAGCACUCAAUAAUUUAUGAAUUUACAUGUACAGAAAUAACACAUGUUAUUAAAUGUUAAAAGGACAAAUCAAAUUACUGUACUUUGCUUUUGACUUUAUAGGUUAAGUACCAAGUUGUUUUUUUCGGAAGCACUUUAGCUUAGUAAUUUUCCUCUUUAGGUUACCAGACUCAAAGAGACAUACAUCCAUUUUCCAAUGUGAAAUUUUCAUAUUUUCCACUCAUAAAGAUAUUAAUAUUGCAGAAUUACAAUUGCUGCAGUAUAUAUAAAAUUUGACAUAUAUAAACUAGUUAACUGAAUUUGUAAAUGCAAAACCUAGUUUUGUCAUUUAUCAGCGGAAUUUUGAAAUUGUUUUUUUUUUUAUGACCUGAAGAUUUUACCAUGUUAGUAAUUAAGUAGCCUGUUUAAACUAUCAGACAUAUCUAACAUAUUACAUAUACUACAGCAGAUUGUAACUCAGUGAAAUUAAUAUCUUUUAGUUCAUUUUAUCCACUGACAAAUUGCUUUCUAAAGAGCUGCAGUAAUUGCAACUGUUUGCAAUUGUGGUAUAUCAUGUUUUUUUGGGGGGUCUAAACCAUAUCUCUUAAAAUAUAUUUGAAAUUAUUCAAACUACUCUUCCAAUCUUUUCACUAGUGAUUUCGAUCACUUUAAUUUAUUUUAGACUCAAAUCUGCUGCCUCAUGGCACUAAUGGAGCUUUGAUUUAGAAUUCUGACCAUAUAACUCUUGAAAUUGCAGUUUGUCUAGUUAUCAAUUAUCACAUAAAUCAAGAUGCUCACUAAUUCAAAGAAGGUGUUAAAAUCAUCUAAAACACAUGUGCAGUUAAUGUCAAAAGGUUAAAAGUAUAAUGUAAAUCUGAACUUAGUUCAGUAGAAACCAAUAAUAUAUGAAACCUAUUUGAUAAUUUUGAAACCUAUGUUUAGUUGAAAAAGUAUUUGAUCACGAUUAGAAAUUUUCAAUCCUAUUGUUAGUUAUUCUCUUUCUUAGAGAAAUAAUCAGACCAGUUUAAAGAAUAAAACAGUUUAAAGUUAAGGUAAUUGUUUUGUUUUAUAUAUUUUUGUUUCAGAAAACCAAUUGAGAGAAAACCAGACAACCUUAACAAACAUAUUUGAUGACACCUUACUUUUAUAGUAUAAGAAACAUUGUUUACAUCACAAGUUCUAAAUUAGUCUACCUACCCCAUACAAUGAUAGUGUGACUUAUUAUAAGGGGAAUAGACUAUAAUAAAAUGUAUGAUGUAAAUGAGAUUUCAACAACUGGAAUGUGAUGUCAGCAAAGACCUUUGGUGAAGUUCAUUGGUUUUCUCUAAAUAAGUUUAUAAUACAAAAACAUAUAAAGCAAAUCUAUACCUAUAUUACUUUAACUGUUUAUUUCAGGUGCUGAUUUUUUAUAUUCAUCAUGAGCUAUGCAUUGUUUGUAACCUUAUUUUAUACUGAAGGUUUUAAGGUUACCAGCAGGACAUGCAUACAUGUAUUAACAUUUAGUCCAUAUGUGUUACAAAAUAAAUUUUGACAGAAAUACGUUAAACCAGAAACACAUUUUGUCGAAGAGUAGCUUUGAAGAAUACAGUAUGAAUAUUUUGAUGCUGAUUGCUUUCUACAUUCACUAGAAUUGCCCAACAUCACAAAAAUGUUUCAUACUUUGUAGGAGUGUAUGUCACCAUUUUCUGUUGACCAUUUAUCAUUUUGAUUAGACAAAUUUUACAGGAGUAUUGGGACUUUGACGCUUUUUUUUUUUAACUAUUAUCAUUUUGAUUAGACAAAUUUUAUGGGAGUAUUGGGACUUUGACUCUAUUGUAACAGAAUGACACCCUAUGAAAGGCAGACUCCUCUGAGACGAUUUUACAGAAAGCUUUCAUAGUAAGUAGGAUUGUUUAUCAUCAUAUGUAGUGGAUUAUACUUUACAGUUAUUUUGAUUUGAAAGUGUUUGCUAGUGUUAUGGGAUUUAUACUAUUCUUAGACUGUUGAGCCUGCCCACAGCUUUUGACCACUAAUCUUCUGAAAACAUAUUAUAAGUAGGCUUGUUGAUAAUUUUGUGAAAGCUAGACAAAAUAUAAGUAUAUAUACAUUUUGAAAUGUUAUUCCAAAAGCAAGUUUCAACUUCAGAGCAUGGCUAUAUCAGUUUGAGCUGUGAUUUCUAUAAGGCUAGUUGAUGUUUACCUAUAUCGCUAUAAACUAAACGAUAAAUUAAGUGUGAAUUGACAUUAUUUUGUGUGGCUUAGUAUAUAUAGUUUGUGAUAAAAAUAUGGAUAACAAUAAUUGAGAAAUAAACAAUGGAAGAUCACUGCUUAGUCAAAUUAAACAUAUACAUGUGGGUAUAUAUAACAGUUGAAUAGUUGUCAAUCUCAUAUGACAAAGUAUAAGGUUAUAAACAGACAUGUUAAGGCAAGGUUGUGCAGGUCUUUUUAUUUAAAUUCUAUGCAUAUUAUUUGGUAAAAGGAGAUAUUUUCUGAAUAUAAUUUAUGAUUAAAAUUAUGCUUUUAUAUUUCAACAUUUGUAGUUUGUUGGGAAAAAAAAGAAUUCAGGUGUGAUUGGUUAAAAUUAGAUAUUUUGUCAGGAUUUUGUAAUGGGUUUCUACAAGAUGUACAGUUUUGAGAAUUGAAAGUGAAAUGAUGAAUUGUCAGUUUGUUUGAUUUCAUAUGUGAAAUGUCUGCUUAUUGAGUGUUGUUUUCAUGUAUGCCUAAGACUAGAUAGUGUGAGCAUUACAUUCUUAAUGAUAUUUAUCUUUACUGUAGAAUUAUACUGACAAAUAAUUGUUUAAGAUUAUUGAUAUCAUAAAUGUUUUACAUAUUUAUCAAAUUCUGUGAUGAUUUGUAUGUUCAGUAUAAGGAGAUCAUACAUUUUGGGAGAAGGUAAUGAUGGAAAUAAAAUUGAGGCUUA